UCCUAGUUGUAACUGAUAACUGUUGAACUGAUCAAAGUUAGCUUUGUUUAUAGCCUAGUUUUAAAUAUAAACUGGCAUCUGAAGAAAACUACUUUACUACUGGAUUUAACAAAUUUCGAAAUAGGAUUGGAAAAUGACUGAAGUAAAAGUCCCAGAUGCAGGUGGCGCCACAAUGAACAUGGUGGACGUUGGGUGAUUUAUUCAACCAAUCUUCCAAAAAACUGGGAUAGAGAUUAGUAAUAUUUUUAACAACGUUCCAAAAUACAAAUUCUGUGAUGAUGACCUGAUGCUUUGCACAUUUGCUAAGACAGGUACAAACUGGAUGUUUGAAAUACUUAUGAUGAUUUUAAACAGAAGCGCAAAUAGGGUAGAAGCGAAUAAAAUGUUAACCAUGCUUGAAAGCGUUACUGCUGAAGAGGCGGACCAGCAACCACCACCGAGGGUAGUGAACUGUCAUUAUCCGCCUAGAUAUCUUCCCCUAGAAGGUAUGCGAGCAAAACAGAUCAAGACUGUUUUAUGUAUACGCAAUCCCAAAGACACAGCCGUAUCAUAUUACAAUCAUAUGAAGGGGCUAAGACCAUAUAACUACGAUGGCAAAUGGGAAGACUGGUUGCCAGUGUAUCUGCAAGGAAAAUUGGAAUAUGGCAAGUACAGUGAAUUGUUAGAAUGGCAGCGCAAAGUACAAAAUGGUCCAGGCUUCCCUCUACAUGUCAUGUUCUAUGAAGAUUUGAAAAUGAAUGGGAGAGAAGAGGUGGAGAAAUUGCUCAAGUUUCUCGACAUACAGUUAGAUGAACAACUGAGAAACGACAUCAUUGAUAAGUGCGGUUUUAAAAAAAUGGCAGAGGAAAAAGGAAGUAACAAGAUAUUCGAUGUUUACUGCAAACCAGGUUUCCAUUUCUUCCGUAAAGGUCAAGUUGGCGACUGGAAGAACUGGUUUACUGUUGCACAGGAUGAAAUGUUUGAUAAGAUUUGGGAGAAUGAUACAAAAGGCCAAGACACGUUCAAAUUCAAAUAUACUCACACUAACGCUUGAUUUCAGUGAAUAAUUUUUCUGAUAUCAAUUAAUUUCUUCAGUAUUGUUCUAAAUAUUUAUUGCGGUCCUAUUUGUGUACUGUUUAACAUCCAUUUUUGUUUUUAAUAUAAGUUACAGGUCAACGUUUAGAGGGAAAUAUUCUAUUUCUCACAAUAAAGGAAACAUUUGUCCACAUAACAAUUCUCAUUACCCUAUAUACUCGUAAGUAGUACUAUAUCGCCUGGAUUGAAAAAUGUAAAAAGAGCAGUGCUAUGUGAUUAACCAUUGUCAAUUCAAUAUUAUCGAUAACCAUAUAAAUACCCUGUCUAUAGAUUUUUACAAAACCGAAAAAGAAAACAAAUGGAAUAGACAAAUCAUCAAGCUAUUUUAUAUAAAGUAUUAAUUGAUUUUUAGAAAUCUUGUUUUGUUUGCUUUAAUGUUUUAUUUAACCAGUUUUUAGAUUUCCUCCGUACUUAUUUUGAUGUAUGUCUAUAACAUUUGCACUAGUCUAGUGGUGUUAGGUUGGCGCAGCCCGUUACCUACUCCUCCACCUUAAAACUCACCAAGAACACGCGUUUUAUAUCUAUAGCCGUAUAGA